AAACUACUUCUUGAGAUCCUUACUUUAAUUAUAUCAUGUAAUAUAAUUCUAUCAAUUACUUUCAUUUUCCUUAAUCAUCCACUAUCCUUAGGGUUAAUUCUCUUAAUCCAAACCACGUUAAUUAGAUUAAUAUCAGGAAAUUUCACUAGAUCAUUCUGAUUUUCAUAUAUUUUAUUCCUAAUUCUAAUUGGGGGUAUACUUAUUCUAUUUAUAUAUAUAACCAGAAUUGCAUCAAAUGAAAAGUUCUAUCCUAACACAUGAAUAAUUAUCCCAAUAAAUAUAAUUCUACCUUCAUAUUUAAUUAUAAACCCAUUCAGAAACAACUUAACCAUAAACAAUGAAAUACUACCAACUAAUAAAAACAUCAUAAUCCAAUCAUUAUUAACUAAAUAUUCAAAUUUUCCUAUAAUAGCAAUUUUAAUCUCAAUAAUCUUAUAUCUUCUAAUUACCCUUAUCGCAACAGUAAAAAUCACUGAAUUUAAGCAAGGCCCAAUUCGUCAAAUAAACUAA